CCCGCGUCACUCCAGUGGUGCUCUGUCUGCGGCUCGAAGAAGAUGGCUGCGCGUGGUGGUUUUCAGCCUGCGACACCGGGCGGCGGCGUCGGAGCAGCAGUGGCGAUGGGACCCGGGCCGCCGGUGGCCGUUGCAGGGCCCGUUAUGGGUCCCGGUACCCCCUCAGGACGGAUGGGACCAGGCGGUCCGCAGAACCACAUGUACCGAUCACCGAUGCCCGGGCCCGGAUACCCGAGACCCGGAAUGCCUCCAGCCAAUCGUAUGACUCCUCAGGGACCCUCCAUGGGACCCCCGGGUUACGGGGCUAGUCCAGUGUCCCGCCCCGGCAUGCCAGUCAUGGACCCGUCCCGCAAGAGACCGGCACCAAAUCAGAUCCAACAGGUCCAGCAACAGAAUCGCAACCAACAUGCCAAGAAGAAGAAAAUGGCAGAUAAAAUUCUACCUCAGAGAAUCAGAGAGCUUGUUCCAGAGUCUCAAGCGUACAUGGAUCUGCUGGCGUUUGAGCGUAAACUCGAUCAAACCAUCAUGCGGAAGAGACUCGAUAUUCAGGAAGCCCUCAAGAGACCAAUCAAGCAAAAGCGGAAGCUACGUAUAUUUAUCUCCAACACCUUCAAUCCGGCCAAACCCGAUGCUGAGGACGGAGAGGGAACCGUUGCAUCAUGGGAGCUGCGCGUGGAAGGGCGUCUUCUGGAGGACACUGCUGUGUCCAAGUACGAAGCCACGAAACAGAAGAGGAAGUUCUCCUCUUUUUUUAAGUCUUUAGUGAUUGAGUUGGACAAAGACUUGUAUGGGCCUGACAAUCAUUUGGUGGAGUGGCACAGAACGGCUACAACUCAGGAAACUGAUGGAUUUCAGGUGAAGAGACCUGGAGAUGUUGGUGUGCGCUGUACUGUACUGCUCAUGCUUGACUACCAGCCUCCUCAGUUUAAGUUGGACCCCAGACUGGCGAGGUUGCUGGGCAUCCACACUCAGACUCGACCCGUGAUCAUUCAAGCUCUGUGGCAGUAUGUGAAGACCCAUAAACUGCAGGACCCCCAUGAGCGAGAGUUCAUCAACUGUGACAAGUAUCUCCAACAGAUCUUUGAGACCCAGAGGAUGAAGUUCUCAGAGAUCCCUCAGCGUCUGCAUGCGCUACUGAUGCCCCCCGAGCCAAUCAUCAUCAACCACGUCAUAAGCGUGGAUCCCAACGAUCAGAAGAAGACUGCGUGUUAUGAUAUUGAUGUCGAGGUGGACGACACGCUGAAGACUCAGAUGAACUCUUUCCUGCUGUCAACAGCCAGUCAGCAAGAGAUUGCAGGGCUCGACAACAAGAUUCAUGAGACCAUUGAAACCAUUAACCAGCUGAAGACUCAGAGGGAGUUCAUGUUGAGCUUUGCUCGAGACCCGCAGGGCUUCAUCAACGACUGGCUGCAGUCACAGUGCAGGGACCUGAAGACGAUGACGGAUGUGGUUGGAAACCCAGAAGAGGAGAGGAGAGCCGAGUUCUACUUCCAGCCCUGGGCUCAGGAGGCUGUCUGUCGCUAUUUCUAUUCAAAGGUCCAACAAAGGCGACAGGAACUGGAACAGGCUCUUGGCAUCAGAAACACAUAAGCUUGUGCUCAUUCGACAGGACCAGAUGGGGUUCUGGGUAGCCAAUGUCCUGCUUCAGACCUUGAUCACUACAGUUAUAUUACAGUUUAGCUUGUGUUGUCCUGCUGUAGCUGCCCAGGAGACCCCAAUCUUGGAAUUACCUUAUUUUUGUGACUCGGGCCAAACUGACACCCCCUAAAAUUCUGCCGUCAUCCAUGUUUCACCCCUAUAAUCCAAGCUUCCCAAUGCAGUUAGCGAUGAACAUUCAUUUCAAGUUGAUUUUGAGAUCUGUCGUUCUGGAACGAUUGGUUUUCCGACCAAAUCACACAUCACUUAUAGACAUUCAGAUGUUGCUGGUUUCCCCAAAAGGGGUCAGUUAUUUUUUGUAAUAAUAAAUAUGGUCUUUGAUAUUUUAAUGUUCUCAUCAUACGAACUAUAUGGAGAUCUAGUGUAGCUAAGUGUAGAUGUCGAUUAAAGAUGUAGUUUAGUUCCUCAGCUCUGAGAUUAUUUAAGAGGAAGUUCCUUGAACUGUUCUGUUGCCGUUAAGCGAAACCCAUUGGUCAAGUUUUCAGAAGUUUCAGAAAUCACGCAAUUGUUUUAGUGUGGUGUUUGUUAGCGAAUGACGCUCCACGAGAUUCGUCGUACUGCUGAUCGACCUGUUUGCUAAUCGAUAUUUUGGUCCUGGACUGUCCGUAGUUCCACUCUUACCUCAGCUUGUUUUACUGGUGAACAUAUUUGGACAACUGUCUUAAGAUUUGAUGGUUAAUUUGAUUAAUUAUAGACUAUAUAGUCGACUUGUCUGUGCUAAACGACAAAAUGGAAAACCUGCCACUGCAAAUACUAAUAGUUCUUGGCAACAUAAAAUCGUUGAAGAGAGACCAUGGGAUCUUGCACCCAAGUAAUUUAACGCGUUUAGAAGUCGAGUGCUUAAGACUUCAAUAUUCUGAGUAGUUUAACUUUGUGUCUUUUUCUGAAGUCAUGAAAUGCAUUUGUUUUGGUUUUCGAGAUUAAUUUUAUACCUUGUUUUUCUUCUCUUUUUUCUUUUCUUUAAUGGACCAAUUAUUAUUGUAUUUCCCUGUUAGCCCUUGUGUUAUAUUAAAGAUUAUCUUGUAUUG